CUCAACAACAGGGCAUGACGUCACAGUUCAUGAUGAUAGCAACCAAAGGUCGCCAUUUUGUGUCAAGGAGUAGUUGUGCUGUCGGAAACAUUCUCAAGUCAGCUGAAAGGCGCUUCCUUGGACAGUAGAAUAGAAACAGAGAUCGAUCCGAGUUCCUGUGACACAAUUUGCCAAGAUAAUUAACGGAAGUGUCGGAACUAAAGCUGUUUAGCAGCAAUACCAAGAUCGCCGGUACAUUUUAGGCCGUGUUGGUUUUGUUUUUGGUUUUGAAUAAACAGCUGUAGUAAUGGAGUUCACGAACAACGGUGCUUUUAGAACAGAAUUAACUCCUAAAGAAAGGCUGUUACUUCAAGAAAUUCGAAGGAGGAAGCAAGAACUAGCUGUUGAAAUACAGCAAUUGAAGGAUGAAAUUUCAGAAAUAAAAAAGGAACUUGACUACAUGGAUCAAAUGGAUGAGAAUACGCAGACUGAAAAUGAAAGUAAAUUGCGAAAUAUUGGUCGAAAGAAGUUCAACAUUGAUCCAGCAAAGGGCCUUGAAUACUUGUACAAAAACUGUCUUAUUAAUAUGACUGUUGAAGAUGUUGCACAGUUCUUGUACAAGGAAGAGGGAUUGAAUAAAGUAAAGAAAGGAGAAUAUCUUGGGGAAAAGGAUGAUUUUAAUAUUUCAGUCCUAAAAAAUUAUGUUUGGCUACAUGACUUCAAAGACAAACACCUUGUCGCUGCUUUGAGGGAUUAUCUUUGGAAAUUCCGCUUGCCAGGAGAGGCCCAAAAAAUAGACAGGAUGAUGGAAGCGUUUGCAGAGCAUUACUGUAGACAAAACAACACUGCUUUCAAAAUGCCAGAUACAUGCUAUGUCCUAAGUUUCUCAAUUAUAAUGCUGAAUACAAAUUUGCAUAAUCCAAGUGUAAAAGAUAAGCAAUCUUUGGAUGGUUUCAUCAAUAUGAAUAGAGGAAUAAAUGACGGCGGUGAUCUAGCUCCAGAAAUGCUCAAGGAACUUUAUGAAAGUAUUCGAGACGAGCCCUUCAAAAUCCCCGAGGAUGAUGGCAAUGAUUUGACGAAAACAUUCUUUAAUGCCGAGAGAGAAGGCAUGCUGACCAAAGAAGGUGGACUUCACAAAACAUGGAAGCCGCGGUAUUUCAUCCUUAAAGACAACUGUCUAUACUAUUUCAAGAAUAAAGGGGACAAAGAACCAAGAGGGAUCAUACCACUUGAAAAUCUUCGAGUCAAAGAAUGCAAUGAAAUAAAACGAAAGUUCUGCUUUGAGAUUUAUGCACCAAACAGUGGUUCCGUUAUCAAAGCAUGCAAAACAGACUCAGAUGGCAAAGUCGUCGUUGGUCACCACGAUAGUUACAGAAUUUGCGCAUCAUCUGCCGACGAGAGAGAAAAUUGGAUUAUAGAUAUAACCAAUAGCAUAACAAGAGAUCCUUUCUACGAGAUGUUGCAAGCCAGGAAGAAAAGGGCCACACAUUUGCUGCAAGGCUCUUAAAGCGAAUGUGAAAAUGAAUUGAGCGUGUAUAUCAAUCUUGAGGUUUAAACAUUGUGUGGAUAAAAAUCUUCCAAUCUCAUAGCAACUCAGCUAGUAGUGUGCCUAGUACGUGGCCAUAUCUUAUUCGCCGUUCUUGAUAUUUGAAGAAAGGGAAUAUUUAGAUCUAAACAUCUUUUAUCUUGCAAGGAUAUCUUCUGUUUAUAUACACUUGACUUGCUAGAAUACAGCAGAGGCCGAAAGCCUGCAUCGCGGUUGGCCAGUAGCCUGAAAAUGGCGUAGCUGACUGUCCCAAGAGGAAGAUAUUAAAACAUUCGGUGCAUAAAGUUAUCUCCAGAACCCCUUUCUCCCCCUGGAAUCUGUUAUCUCUUCCCGCCCCACCACCGCUAUCAUCGAUAUACAUGCAGAAACAAUCGUCUCCUUUACUUUUUGAUCCAAUCACACGCGCCCCGUCUUUCAUAUGAGCUAAUUGCCCUCGUAUUUUGAUAAAACUCACGUAUCCACUCAACGUGAUAUUCUUCAAUCUCUGCAGUAUUCUAGCAGUUUAUUCUAGCCUGCUUGCCUUGUAGCACAAUCUGCAAGAUCGUUGAAUUGAACUUAUUUCUGUAUAGAAUUUUAGUUGUUUUCAAUUAGAAUGGUUGCUUUUGGCUGAUCAGCAUUUCUUUCAUAUUCUUUGAGAAAGUACCUUAGUUCAUUGAUAAAGCUUCUUGCUGUAGAUAUUUGAAAAUUCAAGUUUUUGUGGAAGCUUUUCAAAGGGAGGGGGCUGUAUAAUGAAUAUAGCGCAAUUCCUCUUUUCGAAAUUAUUAGUUAAUGCUACAAAUUUUUUAUACAUUUAUAUAUAUAUAAAUUAAACAAGGAAUUGAUUUGAUAUUUUCUUUGAUUAAUGUUAUAUAUAAUAAUUAAUAAACUAUAUGCACUUUUGGUUUUUUGGCAACCCCUGGGGGUAAUUUUUUUAGUCCCUUUAAGUAUUUUUCUGAUAGGUUUUACUCUCAUAAUGUUAUCAACAUAUUUAGAAUCUCGAUCUUCAUUGCGUCCCUGUCAUUGGCUAUCCCAUUUUAGGGUGUCUAAUAAGUUGAUUUUUGUACUCCUUAACUUGCCCUGAAGGUUUUAUGUCAUACCUUCAAUAAACAACCCUCUUUUUACACGUAAUUUUCACAACCCUAACUAAAAGAUAAUCGUUUUGUAUGAAGACACAUCCUUUAUCAUAGAAAGGCGAGCAAAAAACUGGAAUGAUGACCCUCUGUAUUUCCCAAUCUUUCCCAUUGAUCUUUUUGUUCUACUGACUGUUCAUUUUGAAAAUUUUUUAGACAUUAGGGUUGCAGCCUGAUUUUAGCCCCCCCCCCCCUUAUACCUUUGUAUUAUUUGCAAAAACAUGUUCAGGAGUAUCAGUCCAACUGAAAUAAACUUCAAAUCUUAGCAUGUUUUAAAGAACAUUAUGAGUAAAAGAUGUAUGAUGUCGCGUUGAAAGAAAUUAGGUAUUUAUUUCAGCCCUAUCCAUAAUGUCUGUUUUCACAUCCCCACCCCCAUCCCACCCCCACCCCCACCUCCAGUUAUGAUACCGUAUUUCCACCCGGCUCCUUCAGGUUUUGUUAUUGAUAAAUGUCUUGAAAAUAAGAGAACUCUUUUACUGAUCAACGAUGUACAGCAAACUUAAUUAUCAUCAUCUAUAGAGUUGUGUGUUCGAUUGUCGUUUUUUGCUUGCGUCCAGUCACCAAAACGGCGGACACAUUUACUUAUUGACGCAAGUUAGGAAAAAAGAAAGUGUUAGUGACUAUGUCUUAAUGGGUUGCCUGAAGCAGUGAAUAAUCUGUUAACUAUGACGUUGAAUUUAACUGAUAAUGUUUUGUUUUAAGAAAUCAGAAUGCAAGUCAACAUGAAGUUCGUGGUCUUAAAAACAGUUUUUUGAUUGAGGUUUGACGGCUGAAGAUUUCAGCAACCAAUAAAGCAACCAAUAUAGCUGGAUUUUUUCUGUAACCCCAUUUAAUUGGAAGAAAAAUUGGUUUUCAAACCGAGUUAUUGCUGUUUCUGGCAACCAACAGAGUGAAUUUUUUGUGUAAUGUUCGCAGAUCCCAGAUCUGUUUCAAGUCAAUAUUCGCCUUGAAUUAUGCUUUUGAUUUUUUAUUUAAUAUAAAUAUAUAGAGUUAUACCAAUUAUGUUAUCAAUUGCAUCUUGUAGACAAUUUAUAUGAUCUUGCAGUUGAAGUAUGGUGCA